AUGGCGGACGUCAAGGCGCUGACGCCGUUCCUCCAGCGCGCGGACGAGAUGUCCCGCGCCGACCCCAAGGUGGCCUACUACUGCCGCAUGUACGCCGUGGAAGAGGGCAUGAGGGCGACGGAGCGUUCGUCGGAGCUCUCCAAGCUCCUCGGCGAGCUCCUGGCGCAGCUGGAGGCGACCAAGGCGGCCGCGCAGCUGGCGGAGACGCGGGAGGAGGACGAGCUGUACCUGGAAAACUUCGCGCUGAAGCUGUUCGCCAAGGCGGACAAGGCGGACCGCGCGGGUGCGCGAGACGCGAGAACCGCCAAGCUCUUCUACGUCUCCAGCGUCUUCAUCGAGAUCUUGAACCAGUUUGGUCCCGUCGAGCAGGACGUCGGGGAGAAGCAGAGGUACGCGGCGUGGCGAGGGGCGGAGCUCAGCGGAUGCGCGAGGGACGGACGGGUUCCACCGCCGCCCCCGGACGACACACGCGGCGGCGGCGGCGGCGGCGGCGCCAACGAGACCGAGUCGGAGGGAGCGAACGGGACUGAGUCACAGAGGGAGGAGACGACGGAUGGGGAUGGGGACGGGGACGAGACCGAUAAGGGCGAGCCGUCGGCGCCCGCGUGGCUUCCGCCCGCGCCGCAUCACCCGGUGUCACCGCCGUCCGCGCCGCCCAUGUCUCCGCCCACCGCGCGCGCCUUCGCGCACGCGCCGCCGACCGUCGUCGCGCGCACGGGAGCGCCGCCCCCGCCCAACCUCCCGCCGCCAAACUACAACACGGAUGACAUCUCGGUGGCGCGCAUGGCGGACGCGCAGAUGCACGCCAAGUUCGCGGUGUCCGCGCUGGCGCACGAGGACGUCCACACCGCCGUGGAUAACCUGAAAAAGGCGCUGGCGCUCCUGACGGACGAGUGA